UAUGUCUGAGGCACGAAACGGUAUAUUAAUGUCUCACUGGUUCAUAAUAACGCAGCGCAUAAGGUGAUGUAUGUAUAUUAAAUUUAGUAAAAGAAAAAAACAAGAUAAAACUGAUUUUAUGUUAUCUGGGAACAGAAAACGUUUUUUAGAAUUAAGGAAAUCGAAUUUUGUGAGUUUUCUUGUGAAUAAAUACAGUGAGUUACUUAGUAGGUGCCUUUAGCUAUAACAUAAAGGGCAGAAAUAGUUUCUAUGGGGUACUAUUGAAACAAGGAACUUAACAGCAGACAUACAAAUACCAACCCUACCAUGUAAUAUGUAAUAGAACGAUACAUUCUGAAAAAAAUAUCAACUACCUGCCGAAAUUUUUAAAGGAAGUUCACACAAUUGAUAAAGAAAAAUGAAACCAUAAAUUCCCAGGUCGUCCUCGAAGUCGCACUCGAGGUUGACAGUCUCCCGGCCGGCAGUAAAAGCCUCGCGAGUGGCGGCGAGGAGUUCGAGGCGGUCAAGAUGUCCGAGGUGUGUCUCGGGUGCGAGUGCAACUACUUCGAGUUCAUUCAGAAGUUCUACAAGGACAAUGAAGCCAGCAUUGCGUACUUACGAGAUCACGGGGUCCUGCCCUUGGGGGUGAGCUGCCCCCGCUGCAAUAAGCCGUGCCACUACCGGGCGGAGAGGCACACUUGGUACUGCGGCGCCUACAGGAAGAUCGCCAAGACCAAGAGGAGGAAGCAGUGCUACUUCAGCGUCAGUGAUUUCAAGGGUUCCUUCCUCUCCGGCGCCAAGAUAGAGCCCUACAAGGUCAUUUGCUUCGCCAACCACUGGCUGAGCAAGCAGUGGGACUAUCAGACGGUGAGGGAGUGCCUGGGCAUUUCGGUGGCCACGGGGGCAGCAUGGCAGAAGUAUUGCUCGGAGGUGACCGAGCACUGGCUGGAUAAUCAGGAGCCGAUUGGCGGACCAGACAUUGUCGUUGACAUAGACGAGACCCUGUUUGGGAAGCUGAAGUACGAGAAGGGCAAGUCGCUCAGCCAGAUUUGGGUGUUUGGGGGCAUAGAGCGCGACAGCAAGAACUACUUCAUUUUCCCGCUAGAAGAACCUCUGAGUCAAAAUCUGAUGUCGUUGAUCCAGAAAUUUAUUCUUCCAGGAAGCGUCAUUGUGAGUAACAGGUGGAAUGCUUACAGCUCCAUCAAUAAUUACGAUUACAUUCAUCAAGUGAUAAACCACUCCGGGGACUCCACGGAUGAGGAGAACGCCCAAGCCCACACACAGAGUACUGAACUGCUGUGGCGCGACAUCAAGGAGUGGACCCCAGGACCUGGUAAUCGGCUUCAGUUUUAUAAACAGUAUUUGUCUCGGCUCCUGUUUCUGCAGCACCACACCUUCAGCAACAUCAACCACUACUUCUUUCGUGAGGUUGCGAGAAUGUACCCCCCAGGCCUUGAAACGGAAGAGACGUCUUCUGAUUCAUGCAAUGACGUCCAGAAGGAACCCAAUGAUCAUGAGGACAAGGAAUCUGAAGUGUCAGAUUAAGAUGGAGGAAACACAAGGAACGCAGAAUGAGGAAAAGCCAACACAGCAAGAGUGUCGAGCAGACUUGCGAGAGAGAUUCUUAUGGGCCAUUACUUCCUUGGUAGGGAAGGAAGCAACCAUCAAUAUGCACGAAAACACACAUGCUAGUGGGAUAUUCCGUGGUAUUGAUAAAGACAUCCUGAGUAUGCACAUUCAGGACUUGAAAACCCCUUGCAUUGUCUAUCCUCGGGCAAUGAUUCGUGUACCUGACUGCAUGACUGUGCAUUUCAAGUUAUAGCAGUGUCUUGGCCAUUUACCUGAUAGUUAGAUAUAUAUUUGCAUUUGUUAUAUAUAUUUUUUAUUAAAAGAUGAAAAAGUCAAGUUUAUUUUGUUGUCAUCCCUGUAAGUUAUGGCUGAAGAUAAUAAAAAAUCUCAAUCUAUUUUUA